CAAGUCGAAACACAGACAUCUGCUGUCCGCCGAAGCCUUCAAUUGUUCAUUCAGUUAGGAUUCAUUCGUGAGCACUCAGAUCAAGCAUCCGAGAGUAACAAAGAAAAGCAAGGAUGUCAGGGAGCCUUUGACAACCAAGAAAUCAUUUUUGAAUUAGCAGAACCACCAUCAGCCAGCGAACUUGGAACGAUGGAGGAUGGCAUCAUAUCUAACAAAAAUAGGUGUUUUUUAUCAGAAACGUCCAUUAUGGGUGGAGGAAACGUUCCAGAUGGAAAAAGCGACAGCGAAUAUGAUGAAGAGGACGAUGGCAUGGAUAGAAUAAAAGAAGCCGAUGCCCAGACCACUGCCAGAGAAAAGCGAGAAAAGGAGCUGCAGAUGGCAUGGCCCUAUAUUGUCGCGAUGCUGACGAACCUGGGAUGUCUCUCCAUUGAAAGGAUUUAUAUGAUGCUGCGCAUGUUUAUGCAGGGUUCCGCCAAUUCACCUCUCGGUUGCUCUAAAGAUGAACUGAGAGAGUUUCUUGAACGGAGAGUCAGACAGGGACAAAUAACUUCCGACUCUGGAGUCUACAAACUAACAGCUCGAGGAAACGAUUGA